AUGUUGCCCAAGGACCACAAGAAGAAGAAAGAUGUUGGAAAGUCAGCCAAGAAAGACAGACCCUGUGAACAAGUUGGGGGCCAGGCCAAAAAGAAGUGGUUUAAAGGCAAAGUUCAGGACAAGCUCAGUAAUCUGGUCUUGUUUGACAAAGCUAUAUACGACAAGCUCUGUAAGGAAGUUCCCAACUACAAGCUUGUAACCCCAGCAGUGGUCUCUGAGAGGCUGAAGAUUCGUGGCUCCUUGUCCAGGGCAGCCCUUCAGGAGCUCCUUAGUAAAGGCCUUAUUAAACUAGUCUCAAAGCGCAGAGCUCAAGUGAUUUACACCAGAAACACCAAGGGUGGGGACACCCCAGCUGCUGGAGAAGACGCAUGAACAACAGAUCACACCGCCUGUACAUUUUGAAAAAUAAACCUCUAUUAAAUAAUAA